GCCCAAUUACUGCUACAUUCACCAUGGACAGCCCCCUCCUCUCCCCCGCAAAAGCCCGCCAAGCAGCCAUCCAGGCCAAAGACUGGGCGUACGUGAACGCAUGGUUGAAUCGCCAAUAUGCCCCGAAUUCUGUCCCAUCCUUCGAGCGAAACGAAAACACCUUACGAACCUUGCUAGCGCUGGCAGCUGCCAACGACGCCGCGGACGACGAAGCCACCCUCCUCCACCAGGCACGCGAGCAAACGGUCGAGUCCUUCAAGACGCGCGAACGCCAGCUGGUCAAGCAGAAAGAAGAAAUAUUGGACACGGUGGAGCUAUGCCUCGACGACAAUGCGCAGCGAAACCUUGACGACAUCGCCGAAACGGCCGUGAAUUUGAACGCCCUCGGCACGGAGACUACCGACCUCAGUCAAUCCGCUAUUGAACUCACUAAGGAGGAGUUCGCGACCCGGGAACAGCUGUCUCGGGUGGAAACCCUGCGCAAUCAUCUGGAAGGGGAGCUGGAAAUGCUCCGGGGACAACUCGAUAAUCUGCACUCCAACCCGGCCUACGAAGCGGCUGCCGAUCUCCCAGCGCUGACGGCGGAGUGGACGAGAAGCACGAAGCUGUUGGUUGCCAAGGUCAACGAGUAUCAAGACAAGUAUACGGCUUUGGAAAGGAAUAGGCCGAGGGGCCCGACGCUACAGGAGGUAGUCGCGGAAGAAGAAAACAUUACGAGACUCAUCGACGCUACGCGGAGACUAGAAUCUCAGGUGCGGAUGUUUCAUGACCUCCCCAAGGACGUCCGGGGUGCUCGUGCCAAAUACAAGGAGUUGGAAUUGGAACUGGACAACCUCAGGCAAGAACGAGAUUCCAUGUUUGAGAAUCUUAUGGGUGGAUGAUUUUGGAAAUAUUACGUAAAAGUACAUGAUCAUGAACAGGUUAUGAAUAGGUAAAAAGGUUAUCAUUCACAUUCCAUGAAAGCUAGCUCAACUAAAUUACAGUGGGCAGUGCGAUCAUAUCAUAACUCGUAAGGGUAUUGUGAUAGAGUCCGCGAUUUAACACGCAACUAGACCUGUGCACAGGACUUAGUUGCCCAUGCCGAGGGCAUUCUUGACCUUGUCGCCA